AUGCAGAUUCUCAUCACCGGCGCGGCCGGGUUCAUUGGCCAAUUGCUCGCUGCAGAGCUCCUCAAUGACCCCGCCUACAAGCUCCUUCUAACCGACAUCAACGAGCCUCCCAUUCCCAAGGGCGUAAAGUACCCUCAGAAUGCGCGUGCCGUGACCGCCGACCUCCUCCAGGGCGCCGACGCCGUAGUCGACCCGUCCCUGGACGCCGUCUACGCCUUCCACGGCAUCAUGUCGUCGGGCUCCGAAGCCAACUUCGACCUCGGCAUGAGCGUCAACGUCGACGCGACCCGCAACCUGCUCGAGGCCCUGCGACGCACCUGUCCCGGCGUGCGGGUGAUCUACUCCUCCAGCCAGGCCGUCUACGGCCAGCCCUUGCCGGAGGUCGUCGACGACCGCGUCAUCCCUACGCCGCAGUCGUCCUACGGCGCCGAGAAGAUCAUCUGCGAGACGCUCAUCAACGAGUACACCCGUCGCGGCUUCAUCACCGGCUUCACCCUCCGCUUCCCGACCAUCUCCGUGCGCCCCGGCCAGCCCACCGCCGCCGCCUCGUCCUUCUUGUCCGGCAUGAUCCGCGAACCGCUCGCCGGCAAGGAGUGCGUCAUCCCCGUCGAGGACCGCGCCUUUAAGUCCUGGCUCUGCUCGCCCAAGACGCUCGUCCACAACCUCGUGCUCUCGCUCUCGCUGCCCGCGGACGCCGUCCCCCCGCAUAUCCGCCAGAUCAACGUGCCCGGCAUCUGCGUCACUAUCCAGGAGAUGAUGGAUGCGCUGGAGAAGGUCGGCGGCAAGGAUAAGCUGGCUUAUCUGAAGGAAAAAGAGGAUCCGGCGCUGCGCCCGAUUCUGGACUCGUGGCCUACCCGCUUUGAUAACUCUCAGGCCAUCUCGCUGGGUUUCAAGCGGGAUUCUUCGUUCGAACAGGCUGUUCGGGACUACCAGUUGGCGGUGUCGCAGCAGUAG